AUGAAUUUCACUAGCAGUUAGAAUAGUAUAGCAAACUCUCAUAUGAAUAAUAAUGCUCCUCAAGAUUUAGAAGCAAAAAAAUAACACAUUUUAAUGAAAAUGAAAGAGUCUAAAAUGUAUUGGAAAUUAAAAUAGCAUUUAUUUAAAGAAAUGAAAGCCAAAUAAUAAUAAGACAUAUUUUCUGUUAAAAAGAUAUAGCAGGCUUCCUAUUAGUCGGGAAUAGAGGAAUAAUUAAAAUAGUUGAUUAUUAAUUGCGCAAAUAGAAGUUUAAAAUCAGAACCUAUUAAAUUUGAUCCUUAAGAUUUUAUCAAUUAAGCAAGAGUUAAAUGGACUGAAAUUUUGCUUAAAAACUAUGAUUACGCACAAGAAAAACUUAAAAAUUAUAAGCCAAAUGGAGGCUAAAAUAACGAUGCAGACCAAUCAGAAAUUCUCUAUGUCUAUGAUGAAAAGAAUUUUUUCAAUUUUAUGAUAACAAUCAAGAAUACUUCUGCUGUUAAUCUAAAUAUGUCUCCAAAUACUUGUAUGAAAGUUAAUUUUAUAACGCCAUCAUUAAAUGAUUUAAGAUAAAAAUAUGAUCAUUUGCUAAAUUAAGAUAACAUUGAAAAUAAAAAUUCUAACGAAUAUAAACUUAGAGAAAAAAGGUGCAAAAACCUUGCUGAAAAUGAAGCCUUGGAAUCAGAAAUUGAGACUGUUGCCUAAGGAGGUCUUUCUAAUGGAGAAAGAGUUGAGUUAUAUAUGAAAUAUUUUGGAAUAGAAUCAUCUUCUUUUAAACACUUUGCAAAAUUAGAAGAAGAAGUAGAUAAAAAAGAACUGAUGUUUGAUGAAAUUCUUUUAAUGGACUCUGAAGAAGUUGCUGAUGAUGACUCUUUUUUUAUAUUCCAAGAAACCGUAGAGAGAAUUACUUAAGCAUUUUUAAGAGAUAAAGAAGUUAGAGAUAAGUUAAAAAUAUACAGUAUAGCUACAGAAAAGUUAAAUGCAAAUGAUUUAUAAAAAAUACCUCCUUGUUUUAUGAUUCCUAUGAAGUCAAUGUCUAUGCUUGUUGCUCCUUUAGGAUUUUGUUCAAACAAAGUUGAUAUUAUGUAUAUGAUUUUCAAAGAGUUUUAUUGUAAUUUUUAUUGUCACUUGCACAGUAUAUCAUCUCUACCUAAUGGAAUAUUAUUCCUUUGUUGCAUAUUUGAAGAAUUAAUGGCACAUGCAUGUAAUAAAGUAAUGAAUCAUCUCGCUUCUAUAAAUAUUGAACCAUUAAGGAUAGCUUUUCCAUGGUUUUUUUAUUGUUUUAUUGGAUUCACAACAGUAGAAAAUAUUUUCUUACUUUUGGAUAGAAUAAUUGGUUACAGAAGCUUAGAUAUUUUACCUCUUUUUGCAGUUGGAGUUUUUAAGCUCUACCAAAACGAAAUACUAAAGUGUAAAAAUGCUGCUGAUUUAGAAAAAAUAUUUUCAUAGAAAAUAGAAUUUCCUUUUAUAAAUUGUGUAAGAGCUGCAUUUUCAUGA